CAGACAGCGACACAGAGACACACUGCAGACUGCUACAUCUGGUUCUGAGGUUCUGCUCGGAGGUCUGGAUCAUGGUAGGACCAACAUCUAAACCAGCUGUUCUGCUGCUUCUCCUGCACAGCUGUGUGGCUAACCACGUUUUUCUUGACAGCCAGCUGGCGUCGCAGGUUUUAGUCCGAAACCGCCGGGCCAAUCAGCUAUUUGAGGAGGUGAAACCAGGGAACCUCGAGCGAGAGUGUGUGGAGGAAAUCUGCGACCAUGAAGAAGCCAGAGAGGUGUUCGAGCAGCCGGAUAAAACAGAAACCUUCUGGGUGAAGUACCUGGACUGUAAAGGAACUGAGAUGACGAGAACACCAGAGAACAUCAACCUGAUCAGACAGUGUAUAGAAGGUCAGUGUAUUUCUGGUCAGGGAGUGAACUACGAAGGAAACAUCAACAUCACCAAGUCUGGUCGAAUGUGUCAACACUGGAGGCAUCGCUUCCCCCAUCCCAUCCACCGGGAGUAUAAUGUGUCAGAGCCAAACAGCAUCCUGCAAGAGAACUUCUGUAGAAACCCUGACCGUAAUCCAGAUGGACCCUGGUGUUUCACCAAAGACCCAACGGUCCAGAAAGAGACGUGCAGGGUCCCAACAUGUGGUCAGGACUUUGUCCCUCCAUCUGUGGCCCCCAUACUAGUCAGAACGACAGAGUGUUUACCCAGUUAUGGCAUCGACUACGUUGGCGACCUGGACGUCACCUUGGGAGGCCACACCUGUCUGCAGUGGUCAUCACCGGAGGUGACAGCCCUCAGCAAGGACAAGGACUUCAUCCCUGAAGUUAAUCUGCUGACCAACAAGUGCAGGAACCCGGACAAUGACCCCGAAGGCCCCUGGUGCUACGUGCACAUUUCUGGAAACAUCACCAUUGACUACUGUGACCUGGAGCUGUGCGACGAUCCGCUGCUGGGUGAAGAACAGACGACGGAGACCGCAGGCAUGGAGCGCUCCGUCUUAGGUCCCGCCAAGAAACUCUUCUUCAAUCCACGAACCUUUGGACAAGGAGAGAGCGACUGUGGACAGCGCCCCCUGUUUGAAAAGAAGAACAAGCAGGAUGCGAAGGAGGAGGAACUGUUGGCGUCCUACAGGGGCAAACGCAUUGUUGGGGGCAACGACGCAGAGGUGGCCUCGGCACCAUGGCAGGUGAUGCUGUACAAACGCAGCCCACAGGAGCUGCUGUGUGGAGCCAGCCUGAUCAGUGAUCAGUGGAUCCUCACUGCAGCUCAUUGCAUCCUGUACCCGCCCUGGAACAAGAACUUCACCACCAACGACAUUCUGGUCCGUCUGGGAAAGCACAACAGAGCUAAGUUUGAGCGUGGCACUGAAAAGAUCGUCGCAAUUGAUGAAAUCAUCGUCCACCCGAAGUACAACUGGAAGGAAAAUCUGAAUCGUGACAUCGCUCUGCUGCACAUGAGACGGCCAAUCAUAUUCACUGAUGAGAUCCAUCCCAUCUGCCUGCCCAACAAGAAGGUCGCCAAGUUUCUGAUGAAUGAAGACUUUAAGGGACGAGUGACUGGUUGGGGGAACCUGAUGGAAACCUUCAAUCCAGCAGCAAGAAAUUUACCCACAGUCCUCCAGCAAAUCCACCUACCAAUCGUGGACCAGGACAUCUGCCGCAGCUCCACCUCCGUCAAGAUCACAAACAACAUGUUCUGUGCUGGUUUUAAACCAGAAGACAGCCAGCGUGGCGACGCCUGCGAGGGAGACAGCGGUGGGCCAUUUGUGAUGAAGUACCCGGCAGAGAACCGAUGGUAUCAGGUCGGCAUCGUGUCGUGGGGCGAAGGCUGCGACCGCGAUGGAAAGUACGGCUUCUACACUCACGUGUUCAGGAUGAGCAGGUGGAUGAGGAAAGUUAUCGAGAAGACAGGAGGAGACGACGACUAGACACGAGACCAGCAGACAUCAUCACUUCCUGUUCUGAGCAAGAUGCUGCCAAUAAAGUUUGUCCACAUCUUA